CUUUCACUUUCUUCCCUUUUUCUUUGGCUUAAUGUGAGAAAUUCAGAGUAAAGGGAGAGAGUUGUCAGCUCGGCGUCGGUGUAUGCUUCUCUGUCAUUCCCCGCUUUUCCUUGUUGCUUUCUUCUUUUGCUUUGCUUUCAAUCCGAAUCCGAACACUAAAAAUCCCAACACACAACAAAAAACCCACCAAUUCCCAUCUGUAUCUGUGUUGUUCUUUUGUUUCCAUUCUCUCUUUCGUUUCUUCUUCUCCACACCUGUACAAUUUCUGUUUCCUUUCCACUUCGAGCUUCUUCGCCUUCCAAUCUGUUAAUUUCAGGCUUAUGCUCCUCCUCCUGAUAACAUUUUUCAUCCAGCGAACAAAAGUCCGAAUAAUCGACAGCAAAGGAAGAAAGUGAGAAUGCGCAAGUGGUUUUGUUGUUUUUGUCAAGUUGAAGAGACUAACGAGUCAACUGAAAAUGAGCACUUGAAAAUCCCCACUAAUUUUGGAGAUGGCCACUCAAAGGGCCCAAACGUGUCAGCACCUGUUAAACCUGAGGCACAAAAGGCAGCACCAACAAUUGAAGUGCCUGCACUCUCCCUGGAUGAACUGAAAGAAAAGACAGAUAAUUUUGGGUCGAAAGCAUUGAUUGGAGAAGGAUCUUAUGGUAGAGUUUACUAUGCAAGCUUGAAUAAUGGGAAAAAUGUAGCUGUAAAAAAGCUCGAUGUUUCCUCUGAGCCUGACAGUAACAUUGAGUUUUUGACCCAGGUUUCUACAGUAUCAAGAUUGAAACAUGAAAAUUUUGUUGAAUUGCUUGGAUAUUGUGUUGAAGGAAAUCUUCGUGUAUUGGCAUAUGAAUAUGCAACCAUGGGAUCUUUGCAUGAUGUGUUACAUGGAAGGAAGGGAGUACAAGGAGCACAACCUGGUCCAGUGCUCGACUGGAUGCAGCGAGUGAGAAUUGCAGUUGAUGCUGCCAAAGGACUGGAAUACUUGCAUGAGAAGGUUCAACCUGCUAUUAUACACCGAGAUAUCAGGUCCAGCAAUGUGCUUCUCUUUGAGGAUUUUAAAGCGAAGAUAGCUGAUUUUAACCUCUCCAAUCAAGCCCCUGAUAUGGCAGCCCGUCUUCAUUCAACUCGAGUUUUGGGAACUUUUGGUUACCAUGCUCCAGAGUAUGCAAUGUCUGGACAGUUGACACAGAAGAGUGAUGUAUACAGCUUUGGUGUAGUUCUACUUGAGCUUUUGACUGGUAGGAAACCUGUCGAUCACACGAUGCCCCGCGGACAGCAAAGUUUAGUUACCUGGGCUACCCCAAGGCUAAGCGAGGACAAAGUGAAGCAAUGCGUAGAUCCAAGACUAAAGGGAGAAUACCCUCCUAAAGGAAUUGCGAAGCUAGCAGCAGUGGCUGCAUUGUGUGUACAGUACGAAUCUGAGUUCCGACCAAAUAUGAGCAUCGUUGUGAAAGCCCUCCAACCUCUUUUGAAGCCCCCCGCACCUACUGGUCCCCCUGCGCCAGUGUCUUGAUGGCAAUGUACAUGGUUUCAUCCCCCUGAGUUUGAAUUCUUGCGUAUGCUUUGAAUAGUUUCUCUCUUAUAUGCCUACGAUAUUUGGUCGGGAUAGCUUUACGCAUAUCCCUUUUAUUUGCUUGUGUAAAUGGUGAGCUUGGAUGUGGUAGACCGGUUUCAGAGUCUUGGGAGACUUUAAGAAGAGUGAUGGUAGCUGAAUGUGUGGAGAAUUAUCUGUUUCUGAAUAUUAAUGGAGGCCCCUCAUUGACACUCUCUGCCUUCUCAAAACUGUAGAGUGCAGAUUUACCUGAGGCUAUUAGGUCUUCUUUUUAUAUAUUUUGUUCUUCAACUCUGAUCUAAACAAAAACUUGCUGAUUUUCACUUAUAUCAAAAUGAAUGGACUCCCAUGGGACUGCAUUUAAUAUAUA